AGUGUAAAUUUAGACGAGCUGUAAAUUUGUCAGAUUCAAUAUAAAAAUAAUUAAAUUCAAACAGUAUGGAGGAUCUAUUCAAAAAGACAAUGAAUUACUUCAAUACAGGAUCAGUAGAUGAUGACUUUGUUGGACAAAUUGUGGAAGUAGGAGCGAUGAAAUUAAAGAUAAUGAGAAAAAUUGCAGAAGGUGGCUUUGCGAUAGUUUAUGUGGCAAAAGACAUACAGAAUGGAAACGAGUAUGCACUCAAAAGACUAUUUGGAUCAGAUAAGGAUGAGUGCAAUAAUAUUAUUAAAGAAAUCAACAUACAUAAGCAAAUAUCUGGACAUAUAAAUAUAGUUAAAUUUAUAACAGCAUCAUUUAUCGAUCGAACGAAAAAUAGUGGGCGUGCAGAAUAUCUCUUAGUCACGGAAUUGUGUCAGGGAGGUUCUUUAUAUGAUUGUCUUGAUCAGUCUUUAGAACCAGCUAUUGUACUCAAAGUCAUGUAUCAAGCCACGAAGGCAGUUGCACAUUUACAUUCACAAAAUAUCAAUCAUCGUGAUAUAAAAAUAGAAAAUUUCCUUAUCGGAAGUGAUGGAAUGUUAAAGUUGUGUGAUUUUGGCUCGUCUACAUUAGAAAGUCAUUCGCCAGAUUUGACUUGGACAACACAACAGAGAAAUAAUCUCGAGGAAUUUCUUCAGAAAUUUACAACGCCAAUGUAUCGAGCACCAGAACAGCUUGAUACAUGGAAUAAUUAUCAAAUUGGUGUCAAAACAGAUGUUUGGGCAUUAGGCUGUAUUUUAUUUUGUCUAUGUUAUAAGAAACAUCCGUUCGAGGACGGUGCAAAGUUGGGAAUUAUCAACGGAAAUUAUACAAUUCCAAAUGACUCGAGAUUUGGAUGUUUUAAUGAUAUUAUCAAAGGCUGUUUUGUCGUUGAUCCAAGUAAUCGUUUUGACGUGAAUGUCAUCCUUGAACGUCUCGGUGCAAUUUCUGAAACUAAAGGAUGGUCACUUAAAGGAGAAUUAGGCAUAAAGGGAAAGUCUUUAAAUUCACCAACACAUGAAAUUAAUAAUGGAAAUCAAAGUUCUAAUAAUAGCACUCCACCAGUUCGUCCAGCACCUCCAAUACCUGUUAUUCCACAAGUUCAGCAGCAGCAAAUAAGACAGCAACCACCAGCGGUUCCUCCACCUCCUCAAAUUAGUCAAACUGCACCACAAGCAUCUUCAAGUGGAUUAUUUUCGUCUAUUAAAGGCGGUGCUGGAAGUUUUUUGAAGAAUCUUAAAGACACGUCAUCGAAGGUCAUGCAAACUGUUCAACAAACAAUGACAAAAACAGACAUGGAUAUAAGCUUUAUUACGCAAAGAAUUAUUGUUAUGCCUUGUCCGAGUGAAGGAAUCGAGAGUGCAUACAAGACAAAUCAUAUUGAGGAUAUAAAAAUGUUUAUUGAGCAGCGUUAUCAACCAUCUAAAGUUAGUAUCUAUAAUCUUGGUCCUCGAUGUGCACGACUUCAACCACCAAUUAGAACAGUUGAAUGUGGCUUUAUUUAUGCUCCAAAUCCCCCAAAAGCUCCAAUAUUAUCUCAUAUGUAUGCAUUAGCCGAAGAUAUGUAUGGAUUCUUAAAUAAUGAUCCCAAAAAUGUAAUAAUUGUUCAAAGUCCCGACAAUGGAAAAGGAAUUUCUGCAACUAUGGUGUGUGCUUUAAUGCUUUAUGCUCAAUUAAUUCGUGAGCCAGAAGAUGCAAUGCAAAUGUUUGCAGUCAAACGAAUUCCACCAAAUAUGAGACCUUCAGAACUAAGAUAUUCUUACUAUAUGGCUGACAUAAUUCGUUCCCAUUUUCCACACAAUAAGCCAAUCACAUUAGUUUCAAUUAAUUUUAGCCCAAUUCCAAGAAUGACAAAAGCACGAGAUGGAUGUCGAUUAUACAUUGAAGUUACAGCUAAUGAUCGUGUCGCUAUUAGCACUUUACAAGAAUAUGAUAGAAUGCGCUUAUACCAUGCAUCUGAAGGCAAAGCUAAUCUUCCUUUAAAUAUUACUUUAUGUGGAGACAUUACUGUUACAUUAUAUCAUGCUAGAAAUGCAAUAGCAGGAAUUGGAAAGCCACAAAGUUUAAAAAUCUGUCAGCUACAAUUUCAUAGCGGUUUCAUUCCCGAAGAAGAAACUCUUUUAUCCUUUAAUCGAUCUGAACUUGACGACAUUCCAGACGCUGAACAUGUCCCAAAUAACUUUAAUUUAAGUCUGUCCGUUUUCGUGGGCGAUGAUGAUAGAGCUCCAGUAAGUCAACCACCUUGGUUGUCACAAAAUCAGCAGAGCCAACGUGAUCCUAAACUCUUGUUCUCAUCACAACUUGAAUAUGAAGAAAAUGUCGAUAAUUUCAUAACGAAGCCAACAAGUAAUAAUAGCACAGGAAAUGCACAUGUUCCCCCACCACGACCAUCACCUCCCAAAAGGCCUGAUCCUCCAAAGUCAGAAGACUUUACGCAAUCAUAUAGCGAUGAAGGAAAUCCCAUUGAAUCGAAAAUUAAUGACAAAUCGGAACCACCGAUAGUUGAAUUUGAUUUCUUGAAUCUUAAUAAUGACACAAAAGCUCCUGAACAACCAAAACAAGUUCCAAAAGUUAAGGAGCCAAGCUUUGACUUGUUGGGUGGAUUUGAUACAAAUUUUAGUGACCCAUUCCCAGAUAUUAUUGGCAGUGCUUUAAAUAAGCCAACUGGGCCUGUUGUUGUUAAUUCUGGUAGUAAUGGUAAUUUAGAUGACAUUUUUGGCAGUUUACCUUCAUCAUCGGCACCACCAAUUGUUCCAAGCAAAUCAAGCAAUGAUUUAAAUGGACUUAAUUUUAAUGCUGGCAGUUCUUUCCCAAAUAAAGGCACUACAAAUAAUGUAAAGAAGCAGGAAGAGGUCAAAAAAGAUCCAUUCGCAGAUCUGACGCAACUUGGUGGUGGAUUAUUCGGUAAAUCAGCAAGUAAUCCAUUCUCAGCAACUCCACAAAACUCGUCUACAAAUGCUUCACCAAGGAACAAUCCGUCAACUCCGAUUCAUCAAAUGAAAAGUCCUAAUAAUGAACCAUCGAGACCCGAUUAUAGUCGAUCACAUUUUCAGGAACCGACUCAAGCACAAGCAUCACAAAAAACAUCACAAUCUGGUGAUAUUUUCGGCGAUAUUUUAGGACAACAAGGGUAUAGUUUUGGGAAAACGACUCAAGGACCGAGAUCAAUUAAUGAAAUGAGGAAAGUUGAAUUAGUUCAAACAAUGGACCCAGAAAAGCUAAAAGUCAUGGAAUGGAUUGAAGGAAAAAGAGGGAAUGUUCGUGCUCUUCUUUGUACAGUCGAUACGAUAUUAUGGGACAAUGCAAAGUGGACAAAAUGUGAAAUGUCAUCGCUCAUGACUGCAAAUGAUGUAAAGAAAGCGUACAGGAGAUGUUGUCUGGCUGUUCAUCCUGACAAGCAUGCUGGAACCGAUAACGAGAACUUAGCUAAAUUAAUCUUUAUGGAAUUGAAUAAUGCAUUUUCAGACUUUGAAAAUGACGCGUCUAAACAAAAUCUAUUCUAAUUAUUCCUUCCUGCUUUCCAAUACUAUACACAUUUGUUAAUAUGUUUUAAGGUCUUAGACAUGUUUUACUGUAUUGACAGAUACUCGUCUACAGAUCAUUCAUCGAGCUCAUCAUUUAAGUCUUUUUGUCUGCUGAAAGCAAAGUUAUUCCUUAAUAUACUUAUUGCAUUAAAAUAUUUUACAACAUUCGUUUCAUAAACUUUUUCUUUAUGUACAAGAUUUUUUUUUAUUAUUAUUAAAUUCUUAUCAUUUUGCUCAAUAUAUUAGAAAAUAACAGGAGAUUACUGAUAUAUAUUAUAUUAUAAAUAAUAAUUCGGCUUAUACAAUUUAAAAAGCAUAAAAAAACUGUGAUUUUAUGUUUAUGUAGAUUGAAAACGAGUAUUCUAUGAAUUUAAACAGAGUGAAAACAAAAGAAGAAGGAACUUUAAGUUGAUUCUUUAAAAAAAAAUUAAAAGAGAAAUCCAAAAUAUUCAGAAUAUAUUGAUAGCAAAUGAAAAAGAAAAUAUUUAUUGUUAUAUUCUUAUUCUAUGUAAAGCAAAUAUAUUAACUUUCAUUCCAUAAAUUUUAAUGAUGAACUUCUCUCUUCGUGUUUUUAUUUUCUUGGAUCGAGGCUCCCACAGAUUAUAAUUAUUUAAAAACGAAAAGAUUGUAAUCUUUGGUAAUUCUUUCAAACAAAGAUUAUUGAAGAUUAUAAUCUUUCAUACAAAGAUUAUUGAAGAUUAUAAUCUUUCAUACAAAGAUUAUUGAA